CGCUAGCUGGCUGAGAAGGCAGGGCUGGGAUCCUCCUCCCGCCUUCCUCGUGCGCGUGGCUCAGACGUCAGGAGGAGCCCGAGCGGGCGAGGAGGCAGCGCCCAUCCCCGCAGCUGGCAAAGUGUCGGCGGUUGCCGGACGGGACGAAGGAGGAAGCGUCCUGGGCUGGGCUGGGUAAAGCGGCAUAAAAGAAAGGUGGGAAGCCAAAAAAGGGCGCGCGCGCCAUGGCUGACGUCUUCCCAACCCCGGAGCCCGGCUCCGGUCCCGACGCGGCGCAGCGCUUCGCCCGCAAAGGGGCCCUCCGCCAGAAGAACGUGCACGAGGUGCGGGACCACAAAUUCAUCGCGCGCUUCUUCAAGCAGCCCACCUUUUGCAGCCACUGCACCGACUUCAUCUGGGGGUUUGGGAAACAAGGAUUUCAGUGCCAAGUUUGCUGCUUUGUGGUUCACAAGAGGUGCCAUGAAUUUGUUACCUUUUCAUGUCCUGGGGCAGACAAGGGGCCUGACACGGAUGACCCCAGAAGCAAGCACAAGUUCAAAAUCCACACAUAUGGAAGUCCAACAUUUUGUGACCAUUGUGGAUCAUUACUUUAUGGACUUAUACAUCAAGGGAUGAAAUGUGACACCUGUGAUAUGAAUGUUCACAAACAAUGUGUGAUAAAUGUCCCAAGUCUUUGUGGCAUGGAUCACACAGAAAAAAGAGGGAGAAUCUAUUUGAAGGCUGAAGUUUCUACUGACAAGCUAGAAGUUACAGUGCGAGAUGCAAAAAACCUAAUUCCGAUGGAUCCAAAUGGGCUUUCAGAUCCUUAUGUAAAGUUGAAACUUAUUCCAGAUCCUAAGAAUGAAAGUAAACAAAAAACAAAAACCAUUCGUUCCACUCUUAAUCCAAAUUGGAAUGAGACAUUUACAUUUAAAUUAAAACCUACAGACAAAGACAGAAGGUUAUCUGUUGAAGUCUGGGAUUGGGAUCGAACAACUAGGAAUGAUUUCAUGGGCUCUCUUUCUUUCGGAGUGUCAGAACUCAUGAAAAUGCCAGCGUGUGGAUGGUACAAACUGCUUAAUCAAGAAGAAGGCGAGUAUUACAACGUUCCAAUACCAGAAGCUGAUGAAGGUGGAAAUGCAGAACUGAGGCAGAAGUUUGAGGGUAAAAGAAAGGUCCAAGAUAAGAAAGCCAGACUUGGACCUUCUGCUAACAAAGUCAUAACUCCAAUAGAAGACCAGAUAUGUAGUAUACCCUCCAACAAUCUUGAUCGGGUUAAGCUGACAGAUUUCAACUUUCUCAUGGUACUUGGGAAAGGGAGCUUUGGGAAGGUAAUGCUGGCAGACCGAAAGGGUACAGAUGAACUGUAUGCAGUUAAAAUACUGAAAAAAGAUGUGGUGAUUCAGGAUGACGAUGUCGAGUGUACCAUGGUUGAAAAAAGAGUUCUAGCCUUGCCAGACAAGCCUCCUUUCCUAACACAGCUGCAUUCUUGCUUCCAUACUGUGGACCGCCUGUACUUUGUCAUGGAGUACGUGAAUGGUGGUGACCUCAUGUAUCAUAUUCAGCAAGUAGGGAAAUUUAAGGAGCCCCAAGCAGUAUUCUAUGCAGCAGAGAUCUCAGUGGGACUUUUCUUUCUCCAUAAAAAAGGAAUCAUUUAUCGGGAUCUGAAAUUAGAUAAUGUAAUGUUGGAUUCUGAAGGACACAUUAAGAUUGCAGAUUUUGGGAUGUGUAAGGAGCAUAUGAGUGAUGGCGUAACGACAAGGACCUUUUGUGGGACUCCAGAUUACAUUGCACCUGAGAUUAUUGCUUAUCAGCCAUAUGGAAAGUCAGUGGACUGGUGGGCCUACGGUGUAUUGUUAUAUGAGAUGCUUGCUGGUCAGCCCCCAUUUGAUGGUGAGGAUGAAGAUGAGCUCUUUCAGUCAAUAAUGGAACAUAAUGUUUCUUAUCCAAAAGCAAUGUCCAAAGAAGCUGUGUCCAUUUGUAAGGGGUUGAUGACUAAACACCCUGCCAAACGUCUUGGUUGUGGGUCAGAGGGGGAGAGAGAUAUCAGAGAACAUGCAUUCUUCAGAAGAAUUGACUGGGAGAAACUGGAGAACCGAGAAAUACAGCCUCCAUUCAAACCUAAAGUGUGUGGCAAGGGUGCCGAAAACUUUGACAAAUUCUUUACCAGAGGACAGCCAGUGUUAACACCACCUGAUCAGCUGGUUAUUUCUAAUAUAGACCAAACGGAUUUUGAAGGGUUCUCCUAUGUCAACCCACAGUUUGUUCAUCCCAUGUUGCAGAACAUAGUAUGAAAGUGAUAGACAUGGAAACCGCACAGUGAAAAAUUGUCCUUAACUCUGGAGUUUUUAGACCUUUGCCUUGUUGAUUCCAUUUGGGUCUGAAAAUUGUAGGAGUAGGAAGUAGGGGUAAGAAAUAAAUGAAGAUUUUGAGGUUUACAAGCAAAGAGUGUGUGGUCUUUAAAGAUCAUCACACAAGCACCCCAUUGUAUUCAUUUAGGAAUCACUGCUGCUUUUAGGUUACUUUUAUGAAACUAGUCUUUGUCAGUGCAUUUUUAUAACUUCUGUUGACCCUAUUUGUACCCUAUUUCUCAAUGACUCAAUGACUUUAUCUCCUUAUAAACUUGAUAACAAAUGUAAUGGUACCAUGUAAGUUUGAAGAAAAUAUUCUUUAAAAAAUUAAGCAGAUCAGAACUAUUUUGUGCACAGCCCUCUUGACCAGUUUUGUUUUUGGUCUGGCUAGUGUCACAAAUAAAUGAUUGAUUAAUAAUAAAAUAGGAUUGAUAUAAAAUUAUUGUAAAUGAAAGAACAUUGACAAGAACAGGUCAAAGUGAGAGAAAACUUGCCUUUUGAAACAAACAAAUGGACAAAUCUGAUCCACCAGAUCUUUUAAAAUCUGUCAAUCAAAGGAGAUGCAAAUAUCUGAAACAAAACCUCAGUUUGUAAUGGAAAAGUAGAUAUGUGGGAUUGAUGUUAACUACUACCUGUGAUUAACUGAAAACUGCCAAAUACUGAUAUAUGUGUUACUUUUAAUCUCCAUGAGAUUUUGUGAUUUCCAGCUACUAUUUUACUACUUAAUUUACUCACAUUUCUGAUUAAGACAGUUGUAACAUUACAUGAUAAAACAUUUUGACUUUAUCUCUGAAACAAAUCUGCAAGCACCCAACCCCUUCAAUUUAUACUUAUUUAUCAAGCAAGCCGCAUGAUAGGUUUUGAGUAAUGAAAGCACUUGCACAGUAAAUUCAUGGAAAUGUGGAGUUCAUCGUUACUCCAAGCCUUUUGCAGGUUAAUAAAUAUAUAUAUUCAGUGUUUAAACAUUGGUUUAGGAGCCCUGGAGUCAGACUAGAACAAAGGGAGAAUGGCAAUCAGUGGGAGAUGUUUUCCUUCAGUUGAACCAAUCCUGAUUGAAGAUGACAAAAACAUUUUUCCAUAAGCAUCAUGCAAUGAAUUCUGCAUGUUUAAUAAUAAGCAUUAAGUGGAUCUAUAUUAUGGAUAAUUUUAUCAAAUAUAAAGAUGAUAUAAUUUUUAUAAGA